AUGGUUAAUAAUGGAUCAAGUUUUGGUUUACUGAUUGAGUAUAUACUUCAAAUAACAGCUGAUGAACGACAACGUCUUCAUAAACUCUAUAAAACAAAUGAUCAAUUAAUACAAUGUAAAUUAAAUGUUAAUAAUAAUGUAAAUUUAAAUAAUUCAUGUCAUGUUGUGGCUUUAUCGAAUACAACAACUUCAUUUCAACAAACGGUAAAUAUAUUAAAAUUAUAUAUAUAUCCGAUAAUUAUAUUGUGUGGUACAAUCGGUAAUUUUUUAUCAUUUUUAAUUAUGUGUCGCAAUGUUAAAAAAGGUUAUCCAUCAAGUUUAUAUUUAACCGUUUUAGCAUUAGUUGAUUUUUCAUUUUUAUUAAUUAAUUCAUUCGAAUGGUUAGGAACAUUGUAUAAAAUGGAUUUUAAAUUAACAUCACAAAUAAUGUGUCGUGUCAUACCACAUUUAGUUUAUUUAACAAGUCAUUUAUCAGCCGGUCUAGUCGUUACUGUAACAGUUGAACGAUAUAUUGCUGUUAAAUAUCCACUCAUAGCACAUAAAUUAAAUACAAUUCGAAAUACAAAAUUUGUUAUUCUAAUAUUAAUAAUUAUUUUAUUUUUAUUAGAUAGUCAUUUUUUAUUUUUAUUUAAUCGUUUUCAUCAACAACUUUUAAUGAUAUUAAAACCGUAUCAUAAUGGUUCAAUUACUGAAUAUGAAUAUGAAGUACUCGAUAGUAGUGAUUGUUAUGUUAGUACAUCAUCAUCAGAAUAUUUCAUUGAAAAUAUAUGGCUCUAUAUUGAUUUAAGUAUCUAUUGUGUAAUACCAUUUAGUAUAAUUAUUAUAUUAAAUUAUUUAAUUAUCAAACGUUUAAUUGAUGCUCAACGAUUUCGUCAAAAAAUGACAAAUUUUAAUUCUAUCAAUAGAUGUCGUUAUCAUCGUUAUAUUCAUCGACAUCAACAUUAUUAUACUAAUACAAAUUAUUGUUUUCAUCUACAUUCAUCAUCUGAAACAAAAACAAGUUAUUCUGAUAGUGAUUCAAAUAAUUGUAUAAGAUCAAGACGAUAUCUUCAACAAUUAUCAGCAAAAGAUAAACGAAAUUUAUUUGAAAAAAAGACAACAAUACCAUCAAAUAUUUCAACAACUACUACUAAUUUAUCAUUUGAAAUGCAACGUCGAAAAUCAAAAUUUUAUAUUGAAAAAAAACAUGAAAUAAUGUUAUUAGAAUGUGGUUGUAAUCAUCAUCUAUUUUUAAAUGAUAAUCGUAAACCACAAAAACAUCGAUGCUAUGUUAAUAAUACAAAAUUGACGACUAUACUUAUAUUUGUAUCAUGUUCAUUUCUCUUAUUAACAUUACCAGUAGUGGUUAUUAAUAUUUAUAUUCGUACAAAAACAAGAUCAACAACAUUUCCAAUCUCUGAUUUACCCUUAUUAACAACUUCAAUUAAACAACAUUUAUCUCCAAAAUUAACAUUAAUGAAAACUAUAGCAAAAAUGUUAAUGAUUAUUAAUCAUUCAAUCAAUUUCAUAUUAUAUUUUGUCUUAGGUAAACGUUUUAGACGAGAUUUACAACAUUUAUUCUUAUAUUUCUGUACAUUCUUCAAACGAAAAUUGAAUAGAUAA